CUUACUCUGUCGCCCAGGCUAGUGGCGCCAGUGCAGUGGCGCAAUCUCGGCUCACUGCAGUCUCCUCCUCCCGGGUUCAAGUGAUUCUCCUGCCUCAUCCUCCCGAGUAGCUGGGAUUACAGGACCCCGCUACAGCACCCGGCUAAUUGUUGUAUUUUUUAGUAGAGAUGGGGUUUCACCAUCUUAGCCAGGCUUGUCUCAAACCCCUGACCUCAUGAUCCACCCGCCUCCACUUCCCAAAGUGCUGAGAUUACAGGUGUGAGCCACCGCCCCAGCCAAGAUGUUAUUUUCUUUUUUUUUUUUUUUUUGAGACGGAGUCUUGCUCUGUUGCCCAGGCUGGAGUGCAGUGGCGCAAUCUCGGCUCACUGCAAGUUCCGCUUCCUGGGUUCACGCCAUUCUCCUGCCUCAGCCUCCCGAGCAGCUGAGACUACAGGCGCCCGCCACCGCGUCCAGCCAAUUUUUCGUAUUUUUAGUAGAGACGGGGUUUCACUGUGGUGUCGAUCUCCUGACCUCGUGAUCCGCCCUCCUCGGCCUACCAAAGUGUUGGGAUUACAGGCAUGAGCCACCGCACCCGGCCUUUAAGAUGUUACUUUCUAAGACUAAAUAAUAUCCCAUUGUAUGUGUAUGCUUACUACAUUUUGUUUAUCCAUUCAGUCAUCAGUGGAUAUGUGGUUGGCUGCACUGCUCAUUACUGCCACCCCAGGAAGGUUGUAUAGUGGUUAAAUCUAUGCUUAUUACGCCUGGAUAUAUACACCUGGAUAUAAACUGGAGUUUCUUGUUUGCCCUCUUGUGUACUUACAGUGCCAGGUUUUUCUUAGGAAUGUCCCAUCUGCCCUUGUUAUCAGCAUCUAUCUAGCUACACUCUGACAGGAUAACUGCAAACUGAAUGAUUCCUGGGCAUCAUAAUGGAUGUUUCUUUCUACUUAGGUGUCUCCCCUCCUCUCUGCUUAUAUCUAGCGGGCCGGAUUUGGGUGGUCCCUGGGGUGUGGGAUUUCCCAGGGGCUCUCCCUCCUGCUCUUGGCUAGCUGUCUGCCUUCUCUAACAAUGUCAUCAAAGAUUACACUUUGGGAACAGGCAUUUUCAAGGAUACACAGCCUCAGGACUGCUAAUGUUAACAUUUUUCUGCAUAUUAAUUCACAGGACUCUAUUAUGACAGGUGCUACAGACCCACAGUUCAAAGAGACAUUAGGGACAGCCCAGGCAGCUCCCUUUUCUCCCUAGAUUCAGUGAAUGCACACAUUUUCCCAACCCACUGUGGCUUCAUCCCUUGUUCAGUUCUAGCAUCACAAUUGCUUUAUGAACCAGCUGAGCAUGGUGGCACAUGCCUGUGGUCUCAGCUACUCAGGAGGUUGAGUCAUAAGAAUUGCAUGAACUCAGGAGGAAGAGGUUGUAGUGAGCCAAUAUCAUGCCACUGCACUCCAGCCUGGGCAGCAGAACAAGACUCUGUCUCAAAAAAAAAAAAAAAAAAAAAAAAAAAAAAAAAUUGCUGGCCGGGCGUGGUGGCUCAUGCCUGUAAUUUCAGCACUUUGGGAGGCCGAGGCUGGCAGAUCACCUGAGAUCGGGAGGUCAAGACCAGCCUGACCAACAUGGAGAAACCCUGUCUCUACUAAAAAUACAAAAUUAGCCGGGUGUGGUGGCGCAUGCCUGUAAUCCCAGCUACUCGGGAGGCUGAGGCAGGAGAAUCGCUUGAACCCCGGUCAUGAGCCAAGAUCGCAUCAUUACACUCCAGCCUGGGCAACAAGUUGUUGUUUUGAAAAUCCAUCUCAAAACAACAACAACAAAAAUGCUUUAUGGAAGAAAGUACAGAAAGCGAGAAAGGGAUGUGAUGACCAAAGCAGGGAAUAAAUGUUUGGAGUCCAUGGCAACUUCUUGGGAAUAGAGUCUAGGCCCCCAGUGCUGUCACUCUCACCCAUCCUCCUCUACGCAUGUGAGAUGUUUCAGGACCCUGUGGCCUUUGAGGGUGUGGCUGUGAACUUCACCCAGGAGGAGUGGGCUUUGCUGGAUAUUUCCCAGAGGAAACUCUACAGGGAAGUGAUGCUGGAAACUUUCAGGAACCUGACCUCUGUAGGGAAAAAGUGGAAAGACCAGAACAUUGAAUAUGAGUACCAAAACCCCAGGAGAAACUUCAGGAGUCUCAUAGAAGGGAAUGUCAAUGAAAUUAAAGAUGACAGUCAUUGUGGAGAAACUUUUACCCAGGUUCCAGAUGACAGGCUGAACUUCCAGGAGAAGAAAGCUUCUCCUGAAGCAAAAUCAUGUGAUAACUUUGUAUGUGGAGAAGUUGGCAUAGGUAACUCAUCUUUUAAUAUGAACAUCAGAGGUGACAUUGGGCACAAGGCAUACGAGUAUCAGGACUAUGCACCAAAGCCAUAUAAGUGUCAACAACCUAAGAAAGCCUUCAGAUACCGUCCCUCCUUUAGAACACAAGAAAGGAAUCACACCAGAGAGAAACCCUAUGCUUGUAAAGAAUGUGGAAAAACCUUUAUUUCCCAUUCAGGCAUUCGAAGACGCAUGGUAAUGCACAGUGGGGAUGGACCUUAUAAAUGUAAGUUUUGUGGGAAAGCCUUCCAUUGUCUCAGAUUAUAUCUUAUCCAUGAAAGAAUUCACACUGGAGAGAAACCGUAUGAAUGCAAACAAUGUGUUAAAUCCUUUAGUUAUUCUGCUACCCUUCGAAUACAUGAAAGAACUCACACUGGAGAAAAGCCUUAUGAAUGUCAGCAAUGUGGGAAAGCAUUCCAUAGUUCCAGUUCCUUUCAAGCACAUAAAAUAACCCACACUGGGGGAAAGCCAUAUGAACGUAAACAAUCUGGCAAAUCCUUCAGUUGGUGUCAUUCCUUUCAAAUACAUGAAAGAACUCACACUAGGGAGAAGCCCUAUGAACGUAGCAAAUGUAAUAAAGCAUAUAGUCACAGAUCCUAUCUUAGACAUAAAAGGAGUCACACGGGAGAGAAGCCUUAUCAAUGUAAGGAAUGUAGAAAAGCAUUCACGUAUCCCAGUUCCCUUCGUAGACAUGAAAGGACCCACUCUGAGAAAAAACCUUAUGAAUGUAAGCAGUAUGGGAAAGCAUUAUCUUAUAAGUUUUCAAACACACCUAAGAAUGCACUCUGGAGAAAGACCUUAUAAAUGUAAGAUAUGUGGGAAAGGCUUUUAUUCUGCCAAGUCAUUUCGAAGACAUGAAAAAACUCACACUGGAGAGAAACCCUAUAAAUGCAAGCAAUGUGGUAAAGCCUUCAAUCUUUCCAGUUCCUUUCAAUAUCAUGAAAGGACUCACACUGGAGAGAAACCCUAUGAGUGUAAGCAAUGUGGGAAAGCCUUCAGAUGUGCCCCACACCUUUGAAGGCAUGGUAGGACUCACACUGGAGAGAAACCCUAUGAGUGUUAAGGAAUGUGGGAAAGCCUUCAGAUCUGCCUCACACCUUCAAAUUCAUGAAAGGACACAAACACACAUAAGAAUACACUCUGGAGAAAGACCUUAUAAAUGUAAGACAUGUGGGAAAGGCUUUUAUUCUCCCAAGUCAUUUCAAAGACAUGAAAAAACUCACACUGGAGAGAAACCCUAUGAAUGCAAGCAAUGUGGUGAAGCCUUCAGUAGUUCCAGUUCCUUUCGGUACCAUGAAAGGACUCACACUGGAGAGAAACCCUAUGAGUGUAAGCAAUGUGGGAAAGCCUUCAGAUCUGCCUCAAUCCUUCAAAUGCAUGCUGGGACUCACCCUGAAGAGAAGCCCUACGAGUGUAAGCAAUGUGGGAAAGCCUUCAGAUCUGCCCCGCACCUUCGAAUGCAUGGUAGAACUCACACUGGAGAGAAACCCUAUAAGUGUAAGGAAUGUGGGAAAGCCUUCAGAUCUGCCAAGAACCUUCGAAUUCAUGAAAGGACACAAACACACGUAAGAAUGCACUCUGUAGAAAGACCUUAUAAAUGUAAGAUAUGUGGGAAAGGCUUUUAUUCUGCCAAGUCAUUUCAAAUAUAUGAAAAAUCUUACACUGGAGAGAAACCCUAUGAGUGUAAGCAAUGUGGGAAAGCCUUUGUUUCUUUCACUUCUUUUCGAUAUCAUGAAAGGACUCACACUGGGGAGAAACCCUAUGAGUGUAAGCAAUGUGGGCAAGCCUUUGUUUCUUUCACUUCUUUUCGAUAUCAUGAAAGGACUCACAUUGGAGAGAAACCCUAUGAGUGUAAGCAAUGUGGAAAAACCUUCAGAUCUACCUCACACCUUCGAAAGCAUGGUAGAACUCACACUGGAUAGAAACCAAGGCAGGCCAAAGCAGGUGAAUCACCUCAGGUCAGGAGUUCAAGACUGGCCUGAUCAAUGUGAUGAAACCCCUGUCUCUACUAAAAAUACAAAAAUUGGCCAGGCGUGGUGGCCUGCUUCUGUAAUCCUAGCUAGUUGGGAGGCUGGCACAGGAUAAUUGCUUGAAUCUGGGGGGCAGAGGUUGCAGUGAGCCAAGACUGUGCCAUUGCACUCCAGCCUGGGCAACAGGAGCAAAACUCUGUCUCCAAAAAAAAAAAAAAAAAAGACUUGGCCUUGUGAUGAGGGGAUGCCAGCUCUAGACUCCUGGAGCUGUUUUUGCCUUAUUCUCUAAAGACUAAAAUAUUUCAUAAAAUGUAUGGGCGCUGUUUACCAGAAAGUACCUUGGUUAAAACAUAGAAAUUCAUUUAUGCCUUAUAAAGCUAUUUUUUUCAGGUUGGUUUAGUGAGUCACAGGAAGCUAAUAAAUUUGCGUAAAUUGUCUAAA